AUGAACUUUAAUUUAAUCUCCAAAAAAGAAAGCAAAAAUCAGAUCAAAAUAAGCAAGAUAAUAGACUCUGAUGAGUCAACCCCAUCUGCGAUAAAUUCAAGCUGUUCUCCAAUGAAUUUAAGUUGCAAUACUUGCUUAAAAAAAAUGGGCUAUAAAAAGCCAAAACUAGCAAAUUUAGAUAAAAAUAUCAGAAAAGUUCGACAUUUUACGUUUUCAAAGGAGUUUACACCUAUACUUGACUACCAAAAUUCCCAUGAAAAAUUUUGGGAUGCGUCACCAGUUCGCAUCCAAAACCCAAAGUCAUUUUCAAGCGCUGCCUAUCCAAUUUAUAUCAAUUCGGACAAUGAACCAUUGUCCUCAAAUUUAGUUUGCAAAAGCAACACCACUACAAAAAUUGAAGAUUUUUCGAAUAGAAAAAUAUAUGAAAAAUUCAAAUUAGAUUAAGAUUAAUUCUUGCGAAUCGCUGGGAUUUAUUCAGACCCUAAUAUUCACGAGUUAUUUUAAUGCUUAAAUAGGGCUAGACAGUACCUCCAACUAACACCCUUUUUCUGUCGACGCCUCUAAAAAAAUGGUGACGUCAGACAGUCUGUCAGGGAGACCACCCUUUAAGCUCUUGAUCAUUGGCGAGCGAUUCAGUCCUGCCUACCAUCACAGAGCUUGAAAUGUUGCUGAAUCGCCCAAAUCUCCUUCUUGGCCUGCCUUAUUGUAGACUAAAGAUUCUUUCAAGAAGUCCAGAAGGAUGUUUCACCUUAGUCUAUCGUCUCUGGGUCGAGAAGAAAAGUUUAGCACGAUAAAGCUCACUUCGAAGAACUAUUAAUGAUGAGAUUCACCUUUUACGGGCAUGAACCACCUUUAUUUGGCCUAACUCUGCUUGCCAUUUUAACAAUUCUGAAAAAUUCAAGAAGAACUUUAAUACUUCUUUAAAAAAAAUUCCAAAAAAAAAAUUCAUAAAGGUUUAGAAGUAGAACUAAUAUAAAUUUUUAUUAAAAUAGGAGAUGCCUGAAAAAUUGAGCCAAAUUGAUAAAAAUGGAAAAAACUUUACAGUUUAUAGUGAAAUUUUUAAUUUAGUUAUAAAAAAAGAUAAAGAAUUUGGGCUUCUUUUGACAAAAAUUAAAGAUGUCUAUGAUUCCAUCAUUAUUAAUCAAGAAAAUGAAAAACUAAAACAAAAGCAAGUUGAAGAAAACAAAGAAAAAAAUUUAUCAAAUGAAUAUCAACUAAUUGAAGAAACAAUUAAAGACCUCGAAAAUGAUAAAAUCAAUCUCCAAAGCAAGCUAGAAUCAAAAGAACUAGAAAUUAUUCUAUUUCCCAUACCUUACCAAUCCUUAAAACAAUAAAAAAUAUUCCAAAUCCACCCUAAAACAGUAUAAAAAUUUACUUCACCAAUGCACAAUAAUUCCAACCCUCCUUAACGAAAACCAGCACCUAAAAUCCCGUCUUUCUGACCUCGAAAAGCACACUCACUUCCCCAGCAUCAGCACAAAUGAGUCCUUCCACCUUUCCAAGUCUAUUCACGAGAAGCCAUCUUUUACCCGUAAAAGCUCCUCAAAAACUCAAUUUCCAGUCCUCAAUAAAAAAUCUACCUACCUCAAGCUGCCCAACUUAGAAUCCCAAACGAAAAUUUCUAUAUAA